CUGUGAGAGCCGAGGGCGCACAGAGUCCUGGGCUCUGCAGCCCGGGUGAGCAGGUCCCGGGGCUGGAAAUGUGCCUGACCCCGGGGGAGUGAGAUAGGGGAUGCCAGGGCUCGGGGUCGAGUGAGGAGGGAACUAGCACUGACGGGCAGACAGGGAGGUCUGGAAGGCUUCUUGGAGGAGGCGGCCUUGAGCCGGGCCUGGAAAACGUGAGGCUUCGGACGCGCCAAGGAAAAGCGCGGUCUGGGACGUGGUGGGGAGGCCUUGGAGUGUGGAGAGGAGGGCCCAGAGGGCGGCGCCUCCUGACGGUCGCGGGAACCCAGGGAGACUUUGCGGGGCCAAAGCAGCUCUUUCUCCCGAGUCCCCGCAGGAGAAGAUUCAGAGGGACUGACCAGGAGGGGCGCGGGAGACUGCCUGGGAGGGCUUGCAUUUGCCGGAAUGGAGGUGGGACGGAGGCUGGGUCCCCUCGUGUCGGCGCCCCAGGGAGUGGGGGCCCAGCAUCGUGGGACGGGAGACAGGACCUCGGGGAGCGACUCGCAGGGAUUGCGGGCGGCGUCCGCUGAGGGGAUGGAGGUCACAGCACCGAUGUGGCUGCCGGCGCACUCAUCAAUGCAGACAAUGAAGUCACUGAACUUUGCAGUUUCCCGCCUGGGUGGUAGGGGCCUUGGAGCGCUGGGGAGGGGAAGGCAGUUCGACUUUCUAGGGUGCCGCUGGGAGUGGGGAGAGGAGGGGGUGACCUGGUUUCCGGGAGUGGGGAGUCAUCCGUUUCUCUGCAGCACAGGCCUCUGGCAGUGCUGGCUGGGGCGGGGUGAAUGACAGAGGAGCUCAGGCCUGAAAGUCAUCAACCCCAAGAGACUCACACCCCUUCCCCUUGGCCCCUAGCCUGGGAGCUCUCGGGGACUCUGACCCGCUCAGAUCCUGAGGCACAAGCAAAAUCCCACUGAGGCUCUGUGUGUCUCGGGCUCUCUACGUGGGCUUACUUUCAGCACGGAGGGUGGGUUUAUCUGUUUUGUCAGAAGAUGAAGCAGGCUCAGAGAGGCAAAUAAGUUACCUGAAGUUACCAGCUAGAGGGCAGGAACUUGAACCCACCCUGAUGGUUCCUCAGCCUCCCCUUUGUCUGCUGACUUCCCUUGGCAGGGCCUGGCACUGUGCACUCCAAAGGUGAGUUUGCAGCCAGCACAAUCGCAGAUGCUCCCUGAGGGUGCAGGGCUCGUGGAGAGUGGCCCACCCACAGCCCCCUCACCUCAUUUUCAUGACCCAGUUCAUGAGGAAGGCCCAGGGACACUGCUGUGUGACGGAACCUACGCGGGCCUGCCGAGGCUCCCCAGCCAGUGCUCCCUCCAGGUGGGGGAAGCUGAGAAGCAACCUGUAGACCCUCCCACUCCUCUGUAAACGGCCUGGCUCUGAGCCGUUCCAUUUGCCAGCAGCCAUGCUCCUGGUCAGAGAGGCCCUGAGCACAGGAAUACCAGCCGUUUCCCAGUCUCUGCGCCUGGUGCCUCCCUGUGGGAGGGCAGGCUGCUCUAGAGGACUGGCUCUCCAGGCCGAUGGGCCCGCACAGAGCUGCUGGAGCCACCCUCCGUGGUGGGCCAGGGCUGGGCCUGGCGGGGGAGCCAGGCCUCACAGUCAGUCCCCUGCCCGCAGUGCUCGGUGGCGUGGAGGUGCGGUGGUGCACUAUCUCAGACCCAGAGCAGCAGAAGUGCAGCGACAUGAGCAAGGCCUUCAGGGAAGCGGGCAUCCAGCCCUCCCUCCUCUGCGUCCAGGGCACCUCGGCCAACCACUGCAUCCAGCUCAUCGCGGCCCAGGAGGCUGACGCCAUCACUCUGGAUGGAGGAGCCAUCUAUGAGGCGGGAGAGGAGCAUGGCCUGAAGCCCGUGGUGGGCGAAUUGUACGAUCAAGAGGUUGGUACCUCCUAUUACGCCGUGGCUGUGGUCAAGAGGAGCUCCCAUGUGACCAUCAACACCCUGAAAGGCAUGAAGUCCUGCCACACAGGCAUCAAUCGGACAGUGGGCUGGAACGUGCCCGUGGGCUACCUGGUGGACAGCGGCCGCCUCUCAGUGAUGGGCUGCGACGUACUCAAAGCUGUCAGCAACUACUUUGGGGGCAGCUGCGUCCCUGGGGCAGGAGAGACCGGUUACGCUGAGUCCCUGUGUAGCCUCUGCAGGGGAGACAGCUCUGGGGAAGGUGUGUGUGACAAGAGCCCCCUGGAGCGAUACUAUGACUACAGCGGGGCCUUCCGGUGCCUGGCAGAAGGGGCGGGGGACGUGGCGUUUGUGAAGCACAGCACGGUGCUGGAGAACACUGAUGGGAAGACACUGCCCUCCUGGGGCCAGGCCCUGCUGUCACAGGACUUCAAGCUGCUGUGCCGGGAUGGCAGCUGGGCCGAUGUCACUGAGUGGAGGCAGUGCCACCUGGCCCGGGUGCCUGCUCACGCCGUGGUGGUCCGGGCUGACACAGAUGGGGGCCUUAUCUUCCGGCUGCUCAACGAAGGCCAGCGUCUGUUCAGCCACGAGGGCAGCAGCUUCCAGAUGUUCAGCUCUGAGGCCUAUGGCCAGAAGAAUCUGCUGUUCAAGGACUCCACCUCCGAGCUUGUGCCCAUCGCCACGCAGACCUAUGAGGCGUGGCUGGGCCACGAGUACCUGCACGCCAUGAAGGGUCUGCUCUGUGACCCCAACCGGCUGCCCCCCUUCCUUCGCUGGUGUGUGCUCUCCACUCCCGAGAUCCAGAAGUGUGGAGACAUGGCUGUGGCCUUCAGCCGGCGGCAGCUCAGGCCGAAGAUCCAGUGCGUGUCAGCUGAGUCCCCCCAGCACUGCAUGGAGCAGAUCCAGGCUGGGCACAUCGACGCUGUGACGCUGAGUAGCGAGGACAUUUACACGGCGGGGAAGACGUAUGGCCUGGUUCCUGCAGCCGGGGAGCGCUAUGCCCCGGAAGACAAGAGCAACUCAUACUUCGUGGUGGCCGUGGUGAAGCGGGACAGCUCCCACGCCUUCACCUUAGAUGAGCUUCGAGGCAAGCGCUCCUGCCAUGCCGGCUUCGGCAGCCCUGCGGGCUGGGAUAUCCCCGUGGGCGUCCUCAUUCGGAGAGGCUUCAUCAGGCCCAAGGACUGUGACGUCCUCACAGCGGUGAGCAAGUUCUUCAAUGCCAGCUGCGUGCCCGUGAACAACCCCAAGAACUACCCUUCCUCACUGUGUGCGCUUUGCGUGGGGGACGAGCAGGGCGGCAACAAGUGUGUGGGCAACAGCCAGGAGCGAUACUACGGCUACAGCGGCGCCUUCAGGUGCCUGGUGGAGAAUGCUGGUGACGUUGCCUUCGUCAGGCACACGACUGUCUUUGACAACACAAAUGGCCACAAUUCCGAGCCCUGGGCUGCUGAGCUCAGAUCAGAGGACUAUGAACUGCUGUGCCCCAACGGGGCCCGGGCAGAGGUGUCCCAGUUUGUAGCCUGCAACCUAGCACAGAUACCACCCCAUGCUGUCAUGGUCCGGCCAGACACCAACAUCUUCACUGUAUAUGGACUGCUGGACAAGGCCCAGGAUCUGUUUGGAGACGACUACAAUAAGAAUGGGUUCAAAAUGUUCGACUCCUCCAACUAUCACGGCCAAGACCUGCUUUUCAAGGAUGCCACAGUCCGGGCGGUGCCUGUCGGGGAGAAAACCACCUACCGCGACUGGCUGGGGCUGGACUACGUGGCUGCGCUGGAAGGGAUGCUGUCUCAGCAGUGCUCGGAUGCAGCGGCCUCGGCCUCCGGGACGCCCCUGCUCCCGCUGCUGUUGCCCGUCCUCGCCGCCCGCCUGCUCGCGCCCGCCCUCUGAGGCUCGGUCGCCCGCCAGAGCCCGCGCCCUCGGAGACCCGCCGCGCCCCACAGCUCCCGGAGCCGCGAUUCCCGCCGGGGGAGUUUCCGCGGCUGCUUCGCGCUGGAAUCCAGAAGGAAGCUCGGAAAGGCCCGGCCCGGCGCGGGCGGGAACAGGCGCCUCCCCGGGAGCCCCGCCGCCCACGGGCGCCACCUGGCGCUGCUACCUGAGGCGCCGCCCCCGUGCCCGCGCGGCCCUCCCCGCCAACCGCCGCCUCCCGCCACCUGGAGCCGCCUGGGCCGAGCCGGAGGAGGCUGGUUGCCCAGGAAACCGCUGAGCCCGGGCUUCCCGCCGCCCGAGGGGCCCGCCAGCCUCCUUCCCGCAGCCCUGCGCCCCCGUGCGCGAGGCCUCCUGGGGACGCGGUGGCCACUGAGGCACCUACACCCGGAGGCUGCAGCCAGGCCCUCCGAGGAGGCCCGGCCGCGGGCGCCAUCGGGACCCAGCCCGUGGGACAGCGGCCCCUGCUGGCGGGGAGGGACGGAGAGAGGGAGGCUGGACCAGGGCGACUGGGAGAAACCCACCCGGGAACCCCUCUCCAGCUCCUUGGGGAGAAGCCUUCGCCAGUGGGACCUUGUGCGGGGCGGGAGCUCCAAUCCCUCCGACCGCCGGUGCGCUGGGAGGGAGGCAGGCCCUGGGGCAUCUCUGUGUGCCCUGCCGGGUCCUCCACGGUGGCCGCGCCAGCGCCAUCCGGGGCCAGCUGCGUCCACGGAACCCCCUCCUGAGUCUCCUCUUAGGCUCAGCCUCAGGCUCUCGCCUCCCCUGCCUCCAUGGGUGCCCACCGCCCGCACCCACGUCCCAAGCCUGGCAGCAGCAGCUGCCCAAGCCUGAAGGGAUCCUGAGGCGACCCAGGCCGCAGGCUGCUGAGGCCAUCUGAAGGGCUGGGCGUGGGGGGACGCCUUUCUUCUCGUCAGAGGAGCCACCGGGCUGGGUUCCGAACGGGGGCGAGCUCCGUCUGUCUCCUCACCCAGCCCUGCACCUACUGGGCCCUCCUGGGCCUGGGGACCACCUGCUCCCCGUUCCCGCACGCGCGAGGCAGCAGAAAGAGCCCGGACAGGGCCUGUCUCUACUCCAUUUUGCCACAGUUGUCUGAGAAGCUAGAAAAAGUUUCCAGAACUGCCAGCCCUUAAAAAAAAAAAAAAAAAAAAAAAAAAGGAAGAGAAGAAAUGGGAGCAAGCAGCCCUCGUCAGCAGACUGGGAGCGGCGUGGGCCCGGAGCUAUUUGCAUUCCGGUCUGCGGGGGCUCAGGGAUGCUGAUGACAGGCCCGGUUUCUGGUGGCUGGCCCCCACCUGUGGGCGUCGGGAAGGAUCCCUUCCAUGUCUCAGCAGCAGAGGAGGCCCUGGCAGCGUCCUGGCUGUAGCCAUGCAGUCCCAAGGAGUCCCAGUCAUCUUCACCCCACUGGGAGGGGCCACAAGGACCUGGCCCUCUGCCAGCAGGCUUUGUCCCCUCUUGCUGUAGGGAGCCAGUGAUUCUCCUCCAACCUGAUGAUUGCUUGGUUUUUUCAAAAGGGAGAUUUGGGCGGUGAGAAGUGUAUUUCUGGUGGCUACUCCAGGCUAGCGUGCUGUGAGCCAUUGAAGGUGUGGGCUGCUUGAGUGCUAUGUAAGUAACGUUGGAUUGUCAGGUGGCAGUAGGGGGCCACUGCUGUGUCAGUGCUAAUGAAAGAUGUUGGUUUGUUUCUAAAAUAAAGCCAAACAACCCUCCACAUGCAGAGGCUUGGAUCCUGAUAGAAA